AUGUCUAUAGCUACUAGCAACGACGAGUACGACGCGAACGAGCUCCUCGACGUAGUACUAGAGAUCUACCUAGUAUUAGAAGCUCUUCUCCGACAUCUAGCGGCUAAGGAGUAG